AUGGGCAAAAAACAACAUCAGAAAGAUAAGCUAUAUUUGACGACAACAGAAUGGAGAGAAACAUAUGGAGGCCAUAAAGAUGAUACGGAUAGAAGAAUACAGCGGGCCGUCUUCAAACGAUUACCGUUCUCACAUUGUGCACUCUCGUUUCUUCCAUUCGAGGAUCCCGUUUGUACGCCUGAUGGAAUCAUAUUCGACUUAACGCAUAUUGUACCAUAUUUGAAGAAGUAUGGGCAGAACCCAGUCACUGGUAAAAAGUUGUCGUCAAAAGAGCUGAUUCCGUUGAAAUUCGACAAGGAUGAGCAAGGUAACUUCCGAUGCCCAGUAACUUUCAAAACGUUCACGCCCAACAGUCAUAUUGUGACGAUUCGUCAGACUGGUAAUGUCUAUGCGAUGGAAGCAGUUCAAGAGUUGAAUCUGAAAGCCGGAUAUCUGAAAGAUUUGCUUACCGAUCAGCCAUUCCAACGAAAGGAUAUUAUCACACUGCAGGAUCCGAACAAUCUGGAGAAAUUCAAUAUGGAGAGUUUUCUUCAUGUGAAGUUGGAUCUGAAAACGAAGACAGAGAUUGAAGCAGAAAAGAAAGCGAUGAAAGAUCCGAAAUUCUACAUACGAAGUAUGAACAAUGAAACGAAAGAAACACUGGAGAAGCUUCAGAAAGAAUAUACUCCAAUUGAGGUAUGCAUUGAAAGUAGAAUGUACUUAGUUGUUUGGCAUAUGAUUGGUGUUAAUGUUCAGAAGAAAGAGGAGAAACCUGAGGUGUUGGCUGAUGAGUUGAGUGCAGCACAUUACAGUCAAGGACGAGUGGCUGCAGGCUUCACGUCAACAACACUUGAUCCGGUGACACAACAUAAGGCGGCCGUGUUGGAUGUAGAAACUGUGCGGUAUUCUCGAGUGACGAAAAGUGGAUACGUUCGAAUUGUGACAAAUUUUGGUGCAAUUAAUUUGGAGUUAUAUUGCAAGCAAGCACCACGUGCUUGUGAGAAUUUCAUAACGCACUGUAAGAAUGGCUAUUAUAAUGGCACAAAAUUCCAUCGUGUCAUACGACAUUUUAUGAUGCAAGGCGGUGAUCCAACUGGUACUGGCAAAGGCGGUGAAUCCAUAUGGGGUAAGCCGUUCAAGGAUGAAAUCAAUCAUGCGUUAAGUCAUGAUCAACGGGGUAUUUUGUCGAUGGCGAAUCGUGGAACAGAUACAAAUCAAUCGCAGUUUUUCAUGACAUUUCGGGCGUGUAAAUAUUUGGAUGGUAAACACACAAUUUUUGGUCGUGUGGUCGGAGGCACGGAUACGUUAACCGCAAUCGAGAGGUUAGAAACUGAGCCGACGACUGAUCGACCUAUUAUGGAUGUGAUAUUUAUGGCCGCUGAAGUGUUCGUGGAUCCCUUCGAAGAGGCCGAAGCGGCAGUGCAAAAAGAACGAGAGGAGAUUCGUUUGAAAAAAUUGAAGAAGGAUAGAAGUGAAGCCGUAUCAGCACCAGUAAAUGCUACACAUUUGCCGAAGCAAAAAGUCUAUGGUUCUGGGGUCGGGAAAUAUUUAAAUCUCGAAGAAUUCAUACCAACAGUGGCGCAAAAACGGACCAAGGAUACAAGUGAUACUGGGCAGGAGGAAUCGGUGUUUGGUACUGCAGCAGCACAAGUGAAAAAGAAGAAGAAAGCAGUUCGAUCGGAAUUGAAAGAUUUCAGUAAAUGGUGA